AUGGCAUCAGCGGUAGGGGGCGGCAUUGACGGAGCAGCGGGGACGACCAAGAAGAAGAAGAGAAUCUCCGACUGCCUCGUCGACAGCGACGGCGGAGACGAGGUGGCGGUGGACGCCGCCAUGCCGCCCUCGCCGCCUUCCCCCGGGACGCCGCGGCUGCGCAUCCCGAUGUUCACCUGCGCGCGGCUCCGGUUCGUCAGGCUCGGCAGGAAAGGCGGCGGCGGGCGGAAGGAUCAGGUCGCCGCCGAGAAGAGCGAGGCCGCGUCGACCGACUCCUCAGCAGCAGGAUGGAAAGCGGCGACCAGCGGUGCGUCAUCGACGGAAGCGGCCGGCAUGGGGCUGAGCCUGCUGUUCCUCCUCGCCAAGACCUGCGUCGAGCUAAACAAGAUGGCCGAGGUGCGCGCGGAGAUGGAGGGGCUCCUACGGGAGAUGAGGGACCAGCUGGUGGUCAGGACGACGAAGGUCGCCACGACGACUGAUUCGCCGUGCCAGUGCCACGCUUCGUCCAGUACGCGCACGGACGGCCAAGGCGCCGGCGCCACCUCUUCAUCUUCUCCCGAACCGGCGCGUCGCCGCCAUUUCCGUCGUGAUAGGCGUGCUGGACGGAAACGAAGAGACGGGCCGUUCUACGCGCUGACAGGAAACCCGCUGUUCGACCUCGACCGAGAGCCGUGUGGCCAUGCUGCCGCCUCCUCGUCUGCCAUGGAGACCGCGAGCGGCGCGAGCGAGACGUCGUCUGAAGUGGAGAACCCUACGAGCUCGAUGGCCGUGGAUGUCGCUGGGGCGCAGUUGCAGCUCAACUGCCGCACCGAGCAAGGAACACCCGAGUCGUCGGACGGGGAGUCGUUCAUCGAGCUGGACGGGGGAUUCGGAGCUGGAGCCGGGAGAGGCGGCUACAGUGCGAGGCGAAGGCGAGAUUCAGAGGAUGGACACGAGGAGGAGGAGCGCGGUGACGAGGGAGUGCCGGCAGUGGAGCUGGAGAGGCGGCUGCAGGAGCUCCUGCACCGGAGGAGCCGGGAGCGGAUCGAGGAGCUGGAGGCGUCGCUGAGGCGCGCGGAGAGAAAGGUCAUGGAGAAGGAGAUGGAGGCGCGGCUGUGGAAGGACACCGCGAAGCUGGCGCUGCAGCCGGGCACGCGCGGCGGUACGGGGCAGUGA